AUGGCGUUUGCAGCUCCGCCAUCCCGUUCUGGCAGGCUCGAGAGGACUUCAAAGUCCCUGGAGACGCGGCUGAGACACCUGAGCCAGCUGCAGGCGCACGUUUCGGUGGAGGCGCCGCUGGGCGGCAGGGACAGGGCCGCUGCAAGUGCCCUUGGCGGCGUACUGCUCUGCAAGGACCGCACCGCGGACUAUGUGGCAGUGAAAGCCAUUUCCCUGAAAAAGGCGCAGGCGGCAGGAAUCGAAGAGAGCAGAAUCUGGCGGGAGGUGCAGGUCAUGAAGGAGGUGCAGCAUCCAAAUCUUCCGCGCCUCAUCGAUGUAGUGGCCAACUGGGAGAAACUCCCGCAGCUGGACGCAGCUCCUCCCCAUCUCUGUCUGAUCAUGGAGUUCGUUCAGAAGUCCGAGCCGCUGUCUGUUGCCGUGCGGCGGCAAGGAGCAAUGCCUCACAGAGCAGCACUGGUCGUAGCGCAGCUUGCAUCCGCGCUUUGUAAGUUACAUCGAGCGAACAUCAUUCACAGAGAUGUGUCGUGCCAGAAUGUUCUGAUCGGCGAGCGCGAGAAAGUUGUGCUUAUCAAUUUCGGCAGCGCCGAGUACUUGAGCAGCAGGCCAGCUGCAAACUCCAAGCUGAGCAUCCCCUAUGUGUCGCCAGAGGCUGCGGCAGGCAUGCCACAGCAAACCGGCGACGAUGCGUGGGGGCUUGGCCUCUUGCUGACGGAGAUCGUCACAGGCCGCUUCAUCGCAGAUCGCCUUGGCCGAUCAGAUGUGCCCAUCCACGUGCAGCGACCGACCCUGACAACCGCAAUUCAGGAAACCGCCGCUGGUGCUGCACCAGCCCUCGCCCGGCUCGCCUCACAG